CAGAAGCACCUACCGAUCCAACCUGCCUCCUGGAAGUCAGGUAGUAGGUAGGUAUCCAAUCGACAAGUCCUUGGCCCGUAGGAGGUGGGAAAAGGGAGGGAAAGGAAGAGGCAUUUCACUUUCACUCCACUCCAGGAGGAUUGCCGUCUAUUCCGUGGUUCGUGCAAGACACCCCGAGAGACUCGGCACGAUACUUUAUCCACUUCUUCUUGGUACUCCGCAAUACAUUACGAAUACUACAAGUACUGGUACUGGUACUGGCUGAGCGCGACAGACAUCAGCCUACCUGCUACUGACCUCCCUACUUUGCUGCCUACCUAUCUAUCAAUACCUACCUGCGUGCGCAAACCACAUACCGUACACCGGAUACUCUUUGCUGGUGCAAUUCUGCCCUCGGAGAUAUCACACGGAUUUCAUACGAAGAGAUGCAUUUCUUCUCCUUCUCCCUUCCGACCUCGCUGGUUGCGACCAUUCUCGCCAUCGCAACUGCGCCGUCUGAAUGUCGAUCCAUUAUUCCUUCUCAAAGAAGUUCCAGACUUCUCUUCGACGAAUCCAACUAUCAGCAACAGCAACAGCGACAACAGCAAGAACAGAAACAGCAGCUAUUAAAGAUCGACAGUCUAUCAUCGUCGCCAGAAUACACCCUAGAGCCACAGCACGUUACAGCAACAGGACAGCACUUCGACGUGCAAGAGAAUUCCAUAGGAGUGCUCUUUACUCGCCCGACCAACAUCGCUACCGACGCGCGUGCAGUAGCCUAUCAAAUAGAGACAUUGCAUCUAUGGUUGCCUCUAGGAAAGAAAGUUUUUACUCGCGACUCACCAUUAUUACCCUUACAUCCUCUCUCAGCGAGAAUCACUACCCUGAUCACUUCUACUCCUGAGCCGGCUGCGCCUCAGCAGAUUGAGAAGAUCGAAUGUUGUCUUUAUGGGGCGAGUUCGGGCUCGGAUGCGGAGGAGGAGGAUAGCUCGAAGGUGAGGUUCUCUUGGAAGGAUAACUUGGUGUACUUUCCUCCCUCUCGAAAGGAAAUUGAAAGUUAUGAGUGUUAUGUUCGUCCGUAGUUGAGUUGUGGUUAUUCAGGCCCUCAAGUUCCCGUAGGAUAGCGCAGAAUCCUCUAAGAAUCGUCCAAG